AUUUUGGGGAUGAUUCUAAUAAAAUAUUCAAAAAUAUUGUGGAGUUAAAUUCGUAAAUACUUUCAAAUUACAUUUUAAUCUUAAUUUUUUGCGCGAUCUGAUGUUUUUGAAGUGACAUGAAAACAAAAUAAUUCAGUAUCUGAUAUUAAUUCCACAUUUUGCAUUUGUUUAAGUUUCAAAUUUAUGUAUAUAAGAGAAUCUUAGUGUAUGCGGAUACAACACAUAAACUGCAUUAAAUCAAUAAAGCCAAAGUUAUUAUUGCAUUUAUUGCUUUUCAAGCCGAUAGCAUUUCACCGGAAGCCAAGGAGCAUUUUGCAUUUAAUCUUUGCCACCAUUUCUUCUUUUGGGAAAAAACCUACAAUUAUGAAUACUGUGCCAAAUCAUGGUUUUAUUGAAGUGCAUCCUAUCCAUCAUCAUCAGCAUCAGCCGCACUGUAAGCAACAAUGUUUCGUUUUCACUGAAAUAGCUGACAUAGUCGAAUUGCCUCCGCCAGAGAUUACAAAAAUCGCCAGUGAAAAGAUGCAAAAUGGUGGCUUAACAUCCUACACGAAAGAUCCUUGUGGCGGCGGUAGUUCGGGAGGCUUGGAUUCGCCUACCGAUUCCCAGGCCAGUAAGUCACGUUGUCGUCGCAUUUUGGUCGUAAUGGGUAUCAUGGUCCUGUGCAUAGCAAUGGCUGCCGGAAUCCCAUUAGCGUUACAAUUACGGCAAUCUUCUCUACUGGAAGCUCGUUUGGCCUUUAUACGUCGGCUAUUAACAGAAGCUCCGCUUAUUGAAAGUUCAUGGAGUCCAGCUCGAAAUAUGAAUUAUAGCAACAGCAUGCAAGAAAUGCGUCAAAAAUACGUGGGCGCAGUCUUAUGGCCGAUCGUGGUGCCCUGUGCAGCUCAAUACUUAGAUGCUGUGCAAUUGGCUUUGGAGGGUGUCGAUGAGGCCAAGCGCAUUACAGCCGCCACCGAAGCCAUGCAUAUUGUAGAGUCGGCCGACGAAAUGGAGCAAACGCACAUUAGAGGUGAGGUGGCUGUUCUAAUGGGUAUAGGAGGCGGUCACGCCUUGGGCACUAGUUUGGCAGUCCUCCGUUCAAUGCAUUUGUUGGGUGCCCGAUUUGCCUCGAUCACAAGCUUAGAUUGUACCACGCCGUGGGCAGCUUCGACCCGAAAUGUCGAUUAUUUAAUCGAAGGAAAUGCCACAAAUUCCAUUAAUGAUUUUGGCAAAAUAAUGUUAUUUGAAAUGAAUCGCAUUGGAAUGUUAAUAGAAAUUUCUCAUUUAUCCGAACCUGCAAUGGUUGCCACAUUGAGAACCGCCAAAGCCCCUGUAUUGCUAAUUAAUUCAGCUCCACAAUCAUUUUGCAAUAGUACAAAUGUUGCUCCGAUACCUGAUCAUGUUUUAGGUUUAUUACCCGAAAACGGUGGUGUCAUUAUGUUAAAUCUUGAACGUUGUGGCGAUCGUUUAUUAAAUGUUCGUGAAGCAAUCAAAGCGAUUAACUAUGUACGCAAAGUGGCCGGUGUCGAUCAUAUUGGUUUGUCGGGAGCACCAAAAAGUUAUGCAUUUCUUUUGGCCGAAUUAGCCCGUGAUCGCGUUUGGGGCAAUGCUGCUAUCAAGAAACUGAUCGGAGGCAAUGUGGUGCGCAUAUUACGAGAAGCGGAAACACUUAAAAAUCGUUUACCUUUGUACGAGGAAUGGAUACCGCAUGAAUUAAUUGAAAGUAACUCUUAUUGUCGUUAUCCUGAAUCGUAAACUUAAUUCCCAACAUUUACUGAGAAAACUUGCAUAAAUUAUUAAUCAGAUAAAUAAUGUGAUUAACUUUAUGGCAUAUAAAAACUAUUUUUUCUUUUCCAUUUUUACAAAUUUAUGUUAUAUAAU